GUGUGGCACCACACAAAACUAGGUGUGGUGGUGAGCAGUCCCAGUACUCACUGGAAGUUGGUGAAAGCUGGAUUAUCAGAAGUUCAAAGUCAUUUUCAGACUCUUAGAAAUCAGUGGUAGUCUAGGAUGAUUGAGUGAGUCCUGCCUCCACAAACAAAAAUUCUCCCAAAAGAACAACAACAAAAUGUGGCUAAAUGCCCUAAAAAUGUUGUGACAAAAUUAAAGGCAUUAAUACUAUUUAUUUCCUUUUAGAUAAUAGCUAUUUAAACUUAAUGCCAAAAUAGGCUUGAUGUGCAAUUUAGAAUGUGUAGUUUAUAUUUCUGUUCUUAAAGCUGUUUGUUGUAGUCUAGUAUUAAACAGUUAGGUGGAAGUGAUUGAAUACAAUAAAGGUGGGCAAGUGGUUGGAGUUGAAGUUGCAGAAGGUGUGUGAAACCCAUUGUAUUGGGGCACUCACUGCCAGUUUCUGGUUGUAUUUGAAGAUUGUCCUAAGUGUGAUGUAAUACCAGCUUAAGCUUUGAAGAUUCAGCUGACACCAUCCAGGUCUGAAGUGUAUAGGACUUUAUGGGCCAAGGGUAGUGCUUGUUUAAAAACAAGGCAAGCUACUCUAGUUUAAUGAGGCCAGUUAAGAAAACUUUCCCAGAGUGGGAUGAAUAUAUAACCUCAAUUUGGAGGUAGAAGUGGAGGUUUACAUGCCCUGAGUGUGUUUACAUUCUCACUGCACUGGAAGGGGGCAUUUGAAAUAGAUUGGCACACAAGCGGCAGAGUUAGAAUUGAGGAAAAUAGUAGUUGAGGCCUGGAAAUAUUGAGUGAGUUGUGGGGGGGAAUGUUUUUCUUGAGAAUUCACAGGACAAAGCUGACAUUAGGAGUGCUUGCCUGGUUGCGCAUUUCCCUUCCUCCCUGUGUGUUUCUUACCCUAGAGACUUAGGAAAGCACUGAGAUCCUGACCUCCGGAAACAUGUUCUACGGGACUUAAGUGCUGCCAAGUGCACAGGCUUCAUGUUGCCGUGGCGUCUGCCAGAGCUGUCCAGGUGGUCUGUGGGGCGGGGCUUGGAGCGAGGUCCGCCCCUUCUCGAGGCCCUGCCCCAGGGCCUGCCAGGUGGUGGAGCCUAAGCAGCAGGACGCCAGAGCUGCUGGCCAUCUUCUGCUGACCACCCAGUUUAGAGUUCAUGGGAGGUGUUGUCUCUCCUGGGGACAGGUCUUAAGACUGAAUGGAAGUGAGCAGCCUUCUAUGCUUAGGAGCCAAGGGCCUUGCAGGGUCCUCUGGUGCAGGCUGGCCUUGUGGCUUGCAGGAACCUGACGCCUCGAUUCUUAUGACCUGGAAGCCGCCCGAACCCCUUCUGCAUUCCUGGAAGGGAGUCCUGCUCGCAUGCUUGCCGACAGUUAGGACCAGGACCAGGAAGAGGAAAGAAAUGAGCCGUCAGACUGCUACAGCAUUACCCACUGGCACCUCAAAGUGUCCGCCGUCCCAGAGGGUACCUGCCCUGACUGGCACAACUGCAUCCAACAAUGACUUGGCGAGUCUUUUUGAGUGUCCUGUCUGCUUUGACUAUGUGUUGCCACCCAUUCUUCAGUGUCAGAGUGGCCAUCUUGUUUGUAGCAACUGUCGCCCCAAACUCACAUGUUGUCCGACCUGCCGGGGCCCAUUGGGAUCCAUUCGCAACUUGGCUAUGGAGAAAGUGGCCAAUUCAGUACUUUUCCCUUGUAAAUAUGCCUCUUCUGGAUGUGAAAUAACUCUGCCGCACACAGAAAAGGCAGAGCACGAGGAGCUCUGUGAGUUCAGGCCUUACUCCUGCCCCUGCCCUGGUGCUUCCUGUAAGUGGCAAGGCUCCUUGGAUGCUGUUAUGCCCCACCUGAUGCAUCAGCACAAGUCCAUUACAACCCUGCAGGGAGAAGACAUAGUUUUCCUUGCUACAGACAUUAACCUUCCUGGUGCUGUUGACUGGGUGAUGAUGCAGUCCUGUUUUGGCUUUCAUUUCAUGUUAGUCUUGGAGAAACAGGAAAAAUACGAUGGUCACCAGCAGUUCUUCGCAAUUGUACAGCUGAUAGGAACACGCAAGCAAGCUGAAAAUUUUGCUUAUCGACUUGAGCUAAAUGGUCAUAGGCGGCGAUUGACUUGGGAAGCGACUCCUCGUUCUAUUCACGAGGGAAUUGCAACAGCCAUUAUGAAUAGUGACUGCCUAGUGUUUGACACCAGCAUUGCACAGCUUUUUGCAGAAAAUGGCAAUUUAGGCAUCAAUGUAACUAUUUCCAUGUGUUGAAACCGAAAUCAAAUAUUUCUGGCCAGUGUUUAAAAUUUGCAUUUGACUUCACAGAGAAUAAGGCACCCAUCUGCUUGCCAACCUAAAACUCCUGGUAGGUAGAAGCUAGACACAUGAAGGUAAAUAAAAAGAAAGGCUGUUAAUACAGGAAACAGUUGCAUGUAGUAACACUAAUAUAUUUAAAAAUAAUUCAACGUAAACCACUGAAAAAAAUAUAUAUACCUAAGAUGGGCAUCUUUUGUAUUAAGAAAGGAAACAUUGUAAAAUAUUUCUGAACUUUGUGUUUGUUGUAGAUUGAUUGUAUUGUUGACAACAAAUUUUUGGGGGUGUGUGUCUGUGCACACAUUCGUGCACAUGUGUGGUUGGAUUUUCUUUAACUGACAAGCCAUCUGUGUGGUCAUGGACCACUGCUUUCCCCUUGUGAGUCAAUACAUAGUGCUGCUGUGUUUUUUUUUUUUUUUUUCUUUUCUUUUGUGUGUGUAUUUGCUAAUUUUCUAGUUUUUCAUUAAAUAAAUUUGACUUUCUUUUCUGUAAUUCAGGUUUUUCUCACUUUUGUACCUUUUAAGUUAGUGUCUUUUUGAUAUUCAUAAUUGCUUAUGUCAAAAGUUUGUGUUGAGUACAUACUUUCUUUUCCUUCAAUCAAUUUAUUAGAAAUAUUUUUAAUUCAGCCCUUUUGUGAAAAUAGGAAUUCCAGAAAGGAAAGAUAACAUGAGAGCAGCUGUCAAAGCUGUAGCAGGUGUAAGAUGGUCUUGUCUAUGUGAGUUACACCACCAGGCUUACUCUUUGAAAGGUUAGGUUAGGGAGAAAAUCUGAUUUACAUACAUAUUGAAAACAAUCAGGCUUUUCCUCUCUUCAAAUGUCUUGGGCGAAUCACAUGUUUAAAUUGGUUCUUGUAUUUAUUGGUUUUGCAAAAGAGUGCAUCAUCAUACACAGUAUUUGUAAUUAAAGUAAAUCAUUUGUUUUUAAGAAAAAGGCAGUUUGCAAAAAAAAAUGUUUUUGGUCUUUUAUAAUUCUCAUUAAAAGAUUAUCUGGCAAAUUAAAAAAAAAUCUUAAUGUGUUUACUUUAGCUCUAGGUUGGUUUGUUUUUUUUCCCCUGGAGCUGAGGACUGAACGCAGGGCUUAGCAUUUGAUAACCAAGUACUCUCUCACUGGGCUACAUCCCCAAUCCCUGCUCUACUAGAUAGCUCUUUGGCAAAGUCCAAAGGUAUUUUCUUGUUCCAGUCUGCAUUUUAAAGCAGAAGAGUAUAUGCCACCAUUUUGAAGUAUGUUAGUUUUGUUUUGAAGCACAGAAAAGACUGCCCCCCCCUUUGAUUUCCACGAGGAUAUUUGGAGUAUGGCUAACUAAUGCUGAUCACUAUUUUCCUUUAUAAAAAGUGAGUUGCUUCAGAGUCUUGACCCUGCAGCGUGAUUGCCAAGUUCCCAUGUACUAGUUUAGUUCUACUCAACUUACCAGCUGUGUGUCCUUGGGCCCAGUUUCCUGAUGUGUAAAAUGGAGUUAAAUUGUGGUGAGUAUGUGAAUGGUUAAAUGAGGAAGGCGUACUUUAACCUGAAACAGUGCUUCACACAGCAUACGCAUCCAGGCAAUGUGGGGCCCUUAGUGUCAUGUCCCUAGUUUCUCAGGCACUCAGCAGAAAUCUGCCUUUGAUAAUUUCAUGUUUUCCUAGUGGGUACCCCAAGCUUAGAAAGUCAUUGAGAAUUAAUUUGGGUUUCUCCUUUAUCCUAUUUCCAAUUCUGGAUUAUGUAGCUUGGUUCUGUUAGACAUUUUUAGUACAGGUAAAGUCUUGAAUUGGUGGUCAUGUGCUAUAUUUUAUAGCUAUAUUUUGGGUGAAUAGUUCAGCCACAGAUUACAACCAGAUUUUUGUUUGCAUGAAUAUUUAGAAAAGCUGUGUGUGUGUGUGUGUGUGUGUGUGUGUGUGUGUGUGUGUUGGGACAAGGUGUUGCUAGCACUGGUUGUCCCUGAAUCCUGUAUCUCACCUUAGUGCCCACCAAAUGCUAGGAUGACAGAUAAGUGCCACAAAGCUUAGCUAUAAAGCAACUGAUUAUAUCUCUGGGGGAAUGUCAUUUUGUGGUUCCACUGUAUUUUUGCCUAGACUUUAACAUCUCAAAUGUCAUAUCCAGUAGAAAUCCAUAGUCUCCUCCAUGAAAGCAGAGCUGACUAACAUUUUUAUUUUACUAGUUGAAUGCAUGUGCAUGUUCUUUUACACAUUUGUUUUGAGAAUGUUGAUUGGUUAUUUCUGUAACCCUCACAAUGUAACAUGGUCACCUUAGACAUCACCAUGUUGAUGCGAAGGCUGGUUGUAGCUCACACUUAUAAUCUUAGAGUUUGGAGGCCAAGACAGACUCAAGAGUUUGAGGCCACCCUGCUCUACAUAACAAGACUUUGUCUCCAAAAUAGAAAAAAACAACUGAACAAAACUUGGAAUUUUUUUUUUUUUUUUGGUUGUUAUUGGGCUUUAACCUAGGACCUCAGCAUACCCCAUGAGCAAGCAUUACACCGAGCUGAAUCCCUAGCAAAAACAUUUUAGUAACUUGACCACUCACUGUAAUCUUAGCUAAUGUGAUGUUUGAGACUUUAUUUUUGCUACUUACAAAUUAGCCUGUACAUUCUUAGUAUUAGAUAUCUUAGUAUGUUUUGGGCAUUAAUAUUUUAAAAGUCUUGAUACUUUUAUCAGUACUUUCUGGAGAGGCUUCAUCAAUGGGGCCCAGAAUCGUGAAGGGUUUUGUUUACCUCUGUUUUUGCUAAUUUUAGCAAGUGAAGGCAUAUUUUACGUAUAUUUAGCAGCAAGCAGGUAAGGGUGACAUAUUAACAUUUAUUAGCUGUUAAGUCUUCAUAGUCCUGAUCCCGCAGAUGAGAAAUGUGGCUACAUUUCUUCCUUCCUUUGAGAUUUGGCAUACACAAAUGAACUCUGUCUUUACAUUAUUUUGUUAGAGUGGAUAAUUUCUGUUGAUGCCUUGGACCUUUUGGUGUCUCUUGGGAGUUUUGUGGGUAGGUAUACAUAUCCUCUGUGACUUUGUUCUUUUGCUUUUGUUACUCCUGUUUGUGUUGCUCAGGAUCAAACUAGGGCCUCUCAUGUCACACCCUCAGCUCUUAGCUUGAAUUUGUCAUACUAAAUUAAGUUCUGGGCCAGUUUUGUGUGUUUCAGUGGUUGGGGAAGUUUUCCUUUGCUGUAAUUGUUUUUUUUAACUGUUUAUGACUUGAAAACUCACAUUAAUGCCGUUUGCACUUCGGUGAUUUUAAUUCAGAAAAAAGUGACAGUCAUUCUUCAUUUUCUGUCCUCAAAGAAUUUUAGAGCUCUUUAAAGUCAGAAACAUCUACAGUGAUGAUAAAUAAAAUGUAGUUUUCUUUAGA